AUGGCAAACCCAGAGGAUCCUCAUACAAGCGUAUCGCCGGCUCUGCUUGGUACAGUCUCUUUUCCUCUCUCCAUCCUCUCUCAAAUCCCAGUGGGAGCUGGCGUUAUUAUUGCCAGUAUCCUAGGAUAUAUCAUAUACCAAGUCUACUUUCAUCCGCUGGCCAGGUGUCCCGGUCCGUGGCUGGAAAAUUCCCCUGAGGUCGAAGCAGCAUAUCACGCCGCCAAGGGAGAUUUGCAUCUACAUAUAAUUUGGUGUCAGAAUCAUGUAAGCCAAAUUGUUCGGUACACGCCGGAUCUGGUCAUCUUCAACCCGGAAAGUGGAUUGCAAAAAAAAAAAAAAUUGCGACAGGAGGUCCACUAUGGAGCAAUCCAAGUGGGAACGAAGAACCUCCUAACCGUGACGAGUCCAAAAGAACAUGCCAAACGGACUAAAAUCAUCGGACCUGGUUUCUCAAGUACCACUAUGUGGGAAUGCGAACCGAAUCAUCUGUCGCAUGUUCCCAAGUUCCGCGAUUCCCUCUAUCUCGCGCAAUUCUACUUUGCCUUCGACGUGAUCAUCGAUCUUGUAUUCGGCAAGGCCCGUAAUCUGCUUGGCAGCCAGCAUUUCCAAUGUACGGUGUUUCUCGGUCGGCUGGGCGAGAAGUUGUUCAAGGAUGUUCGAGGGAUGAAGCGAUAUCAUCGGCUGGUCAAUGGCAUGAUGGCAGACGCGGCGAGUAUGUCCGGACACGUCUUCAGCCCGGGGUUGACUGAUGCGGAUGUAUAUUCUGAAUCGGCAAUGCUGGCUGUUGGUUCGUAUUUCACUCCCAAACUGGCGCACAACGUAUGGAGCGUGUUACCCACACCGGAUGACAUCCGCAGCAGCCAAUUGAUGCAGCAAUGCACAUACUUCCAAGCCUGCAUCAAGGAGACCCUACGCAACUCGCCGGCCGUGGCAAGAUGCCCGUACCGUCCGGUCGAGAAAGGCGACACAAUCAUAAGAUGGCUGUCCAACGAAGCAGAGUUAAGGACAGAAAAACUCGGCGUUAUCUCGGCGGCGUCCACGACAUUCUCGCAAGGCACGCACGCGUACAUUGGGCGACAUCUAGCGCAGCUAGAGCUCCAGCUGGCGCUGGUGAGCAUCAUACCUGCGGGAGCGGGCAUUGGGCCAACAAAUUCGCAGGAAUCUCAACUCUACGAGCACAUCAUCAGCCAGAAACGAGGGCCGAUCCUUCAUUUCGGCUGCGCGGGCAGACAGAGCAAAGGACAAACCAAGUCGGCUAUUCCGCCGGAUACAAGGAGCAAUAUAGGCCGCCAGAUCAGUAGGUGA